AUGGAUGAUCUUUACGACGAGUUUGGCAAUUAUAUUGGCGACGGUGGAUUGUCCGAGGAGGAAUCGCAACAUGGAGAUGCGCCGGCCGCGGGCUACUUUUACGAUGAAUCCGACGAAGGCGAGGAGAAUGAGGCUGCUGGCCAGGAGUUGAUGGAGGUUGACGAAGGACCGUCGAAUGCGGUGGUGCUCCACGAGGACAAACAAUACUAUCCAAGUGCCCAGCAGGUGUACGGGCAAGAUGUCGAGACCCUGGUGCAGGAAGAAGAUGCUCAGCCUCUCACAGAGCCAAUCAUCAACCCAAUCCUGGAAAAGAAAUUUGCGAUCCAGGAAGUAGACCUUCCACCCGUCUUCUACUCGCGAGAGUUUAUGGCCGAUUUGCUCAAGUUCCCGGAUCAAAUACGGAAUGUCGCAAUCGCCGGUCAUCUUCACCACGGAAAGACUGCGUUCAUGGACAUGUUGGUCAUGCAGACCCAUGACUUGAACGAGCGGCUGGAAAAGCGCACGGGCAGAAAACGCGACGAACAGCUGCGGUACACCGAUGUGCAUCUUUUGGAGAGGCAACGAGGGCUGUCGAUAAAGUCUGGUCCAAUGAGUCUUGUUUUGCAGGGAACAAAAGGGAAAUCCCAUCUGUUCAACAUCCUGGACACGCCAGGCCAUGUCAACUUUGUCGACGAGGUUGCUGCGUCUUUUCGUCUAGCCGAUGGUGUCGCUCUCAUCGUUGAUGUUGUCGAGGGAGUCCAGUCAAACACAGAGCAGAUAAUCAAAUAUGCCGUGCUGGAGGAUUUGCCGUUGGUGCUAAUCGUCAAUAAAAUGGACAGGUUAAUCCUGGAACUCAAACUGCCGCCGAAUGACGCUUAUUUCAAACUGAAACAUGUCAUUGAAGAAGUCAACUCAAUCAUCGAGAAUACCAUCCCAGGAAGGGGAGAAGCCCGACGAGUGAGCCCAGAAAAGGGGAACGUUGCUUUCGCGAGCAGUUCAAUGAACUGGUGUUUCACCCUGCAGUCAUUUGCUCAAAUGUAUGCUGAGCGGUAUUCAAAACUCGACACGGCAGACUUUGCGCGACGAUUAUGGGGCGACAUCUUCUACAACCCUCGAAGCAGGAAAUUCACGCGAAAGGGCGUUGAAGAAGGGGCUAAGCGAACCUUUGUGAACUUUGUCCUGGAGCCGAUAUAUAAACUUUAUUCACACACUAUCAGCGAGAGCCCAGAAGACUUGAAAGAGACGUUGGCAAGUCUGAACAUAUCAUUGAAACCCUCGCAACUCAAGGCCGAUGCCAAAGUGCUGCUCAGCCUUGUAUGCGAGCAGUUCUUCGGCCCUGCAACUGGGUUUGUCGACAUGGUAGUCCAGCAUGUACCAUCUCCCGUGGAAGGAGCCUCGAAGAAGCUGGAGCGAUACUACACUGGUCCAUUGGAUGCCAACAUCGCCAAAUCCAUGUCCACCUGUGACCAGGAGGGUCCUUUGGUCAUCCAUGUCACGAAGCUAUACAACAGCGUUGAUGCGUCAACAUUCAAUGCCUUUGGUCGAGUAAUGAGUGGUAUUGCCCGGCCAAACCAGCAAGUCCGAGUGCUUGGAGAAGGCUAUUCUCUCGACGACGAGGAAGAUAUGGUAAUCGCCACCAUCUCCGAAACGUGGAUUGCCGAGUCUAGAUAUAACAUUUCAACCGACGGAGUACCCGCCGGCAACUGGGUGCUUCUUAGCGGCGUGGACAACUCCAUCAUGAAAACCGCGACGCUUGUCCCACUCAAACUGGAAGAGGACGAGGACGCGUUUAUUUUCAAACCAAUCCGGCACAUGACCGAGUCGGUCUUCAAAGUUGCAGUAGAGCCCAUCAACCCCUCCGAACUUCCCAAGAUGCUGGAGGGGCUUCGCAAGAUUAACAAGAGCUACCCCCUGAUCUCUACCAAGGUGGAAGAGUCUGGGGAGCAUGUUAUUCUUGGCACUGGCGAGCUCUACAUGGACUGUGUGCUGCAUGACCUGCGCCGGCUGUAUGCCGAGAUGGAACUGAAAGUUUCAGACCCAGUCACCAGGUUCUGCGAGACCGUGGUGGAGACCUCGGCCAUCAUGUGCUACUCCAUCACACCCAACAAGAAAAACAAAGUCACCAUGAUCGCCGAGCCGCUCGACGACGGAAUCACAGAAGACAUUGAAAGCGGCCGCGUGAGCAUCAAGGAUCCGAUCCGCAAAGUCGCCAAGUUCUUUGAAGAAAACUACGAUUGGGACAAGUUGGCAGCGAGGAGCAUUUGGGCCUUCGGGCCUGAUGAGACCGGACCAAAUAUUCUGCAGGACGACACGCUGCCUUCGCAAGUGGACAAGAAGCUACUUGGCACGGUGCGUGAUUCUAUUGUUCAAGGGUUUAGCUGGGGCACGAGGGAAGGGCCUUUGUGUGAAGAACCCAUUCGAAAUGUCAAGUUCAAAGUCACGGAUGUUUCGCUUGCCGACCAGGCUAUCUACCGCGGUGGCGGACAAAUCAUCCCAACUACCCGUCGUGCAGUGUACUCGUCAUUCCUCAUGGCAUCUCCUCGCCUGAUGGAGCCGAUAUAUUCAUGCGAAAUGCUCGGCCCAGCUGACGCCGUAGCGUCAGUGUACACCGUCCUCUCGCGCCGUCGAGGCCAUGUACUCUCUGACGGACCAGUCGCGGGCACGCCGCUGUACUCUGUUCGCGGUCUGAUCCCCGUAAUCGACUCGUUCGGUUUCGAAACAGAUCUCCGAAUCCAUACCCAGGGUCAGGCCACUGUCAGCUUGGUCUUUGACAAAUGGAGCGUGGUGCCAGGUGACCCGCUCGACCGCGAUGUCAAGCUCAAGUCGCUGGAAAUGGCGAAUGCGCAGGCUACGGCUCGAGACUUUGUGCUCAAGACUCGAAGGCGGAAGGGAUUGGCCGAGGAUGUGACGGUCAGUAAAUUCCUGGAGCCGGAAUUAUGGAAAGGUCUCAAAGAAAGCGGAGUCCUCGAGGGAUAA